GCUCGCUCAUCCACGUUCUUCCGGCAACCUGUUCGAGGAAAUAGAUCUGGCCUUCCCGACUUAGUACGCACAUGAAAAGAGAGAGGAUGGAAGAACUGAAGGAGAACCGAAGUUUGCUAACAAGGACCAUGUCUUUCCGCCCGCCAAACUUGGUAAUUUCUGCCAAGGCACUACGGAAGAGGUUUGCUUUGAGCAAACGCUCAUUGUCCGACACGUGGAAAGAUAAAGCAACCUUGAUCGAAGAAAACGGCAGCUUUUCACAGGAAUGCUCGGUCGACGCGACACCUGCCCACGCGGAGGAAGUGGUGCGUCCGGCGAGCCCCCCAACGCCUGCCCCGGCACCCAAAGCCCCGCCUUCUCCGAAACCAAAACCUUUCAUCAGCCAACGCUCGCGCUCUCUCGAUUCUCUGAAGAGAGCGGAAUUUGCUCUUACCCUGGGCUCAUCUUCCAGCGCCCAACCCGACCUGACGAGCGCCACCCUUGAGCUGGACUUUCCCUCGCCACCCCUCGACCUGCAGCCCAAUCUGAUCGACUUCAGUUUCCCUAUGGUCAACGAGCAGCGCCACCCAUUAACUCCGCAGCCACUACCGACCCAACCCUUGCAGCCCAUUAUUGUCGAGGUCAAUGAGAUGCCUGAUGGGUCUGCCGAGCAACCGUUGCCUCCAAAAAACAGCACUAAAGAGCCUUCAUACAUAAUGUACCCUCCGAGCACUCCGCUGGAACCGCCGUCGGCCGUGCUGCUGCCGCAAAUUUCGGUCAACACGGCGCCCACACCUCAGCCAAUGCGCACCAGCUCGAUGCUGGCCAACUCGGCCAUCCCCCUGCUGAUGCUCGCCCCCUGCGCCCAAGACGCCGAGUCCCUUGAAAGGACCAAACUGCAUCUGAACCUAAUCUCAAGCCAGGCGGACAAGGCGGGCCCUCUGAAGCCGUCCGAAAAGCGGCGUCGCUUCUUCAUGCGCAAACAGACCAACUCGGCGCCCGACUCGUUCGACGGACCGGGCGGGACACACAAGGCCGGCGGCCACCACUCGGUCAGCUUUUGCCUCGGGGUGAAGCUCAAGGGCAAGUGCCACAACCACCAUCACCACGCCACCGACCCCACAGUCUCUGUGCUGCAGAGCAAGCUGAACUCGGAGCCGGAGAUGGGCGUGGAGCACCUGUCAGACUUGAGCUAUCCAGACGCGGACCCGCCGUGCCAUUUCUGUUGCCACCAAACCAGUACUUCCGUCCACGACGAAAACCGCUUAACGAUCAUGAGCCGAGGUCUCGUCAGAAGCAGAGAUGGUAGCCGCGAGCCUGGCGGGUCGCAUUACAUGAAUCUUCCAUCGCCGAAUGUGCAGACGGCAGAGGAGUCGAAUGAAGAAGUUUUCCAACCGCGGAUGUCGCGGAGCAGCGAAGUUGACACGCUGGCCAGCAGACGCGAGAGCAGCAUCAGUCCGCCUCCGCUUGCCAGGCGGCGGCGAACACAAGAGGCGGAGGCGGAAAACUCGGAGGCCACCACCCCACCCGCCUCUGCCCUGGCGCGUCGACGGGCCCUGGUGCCGCCCAAGUUGAUGGCUGAGGACGAGAACUCUGGGAAUAACAGCGAAAGCGAGCGAAAACUCUCCACAGGGUCGGACGGGCCUCGAACGCGCCGCAGUUCAAUCGUGGUCAUCCCGCCGAUGCAAAUCUGUCCCGGCGACCUGUUGGUCUACAGCAAAGUCCUAACGCAGCGUAACAACCUCACGGAUUUUGACGGCUCCACCUCUAGUCUAGCUGUUUCCGAAGCCGAUAAUGCAAGGAAAAGCAAAAACACCUGGUCGCUGUUGAAGUUGUUUGACCGUUCGAGUCGGGGCAAAUCCGAGACAACAUUUUGCGGUUUGGAAGAGUGUCUGGGGUGCAUCCAAAGGGUGGAGUUCAACGACGACCAGUUGACGCGCUUCAGAGGCAUGAACUGGUCCGAUUUUGUCGUCCACGUGGACACAACAAGCGGCGCUAGAAGACGCUCUUCAAGCACAAGCAGCACCAGCAGUUCCAACAACGAGUCAACCAUCAUUUCCCCAGGCAGUCCAGAAAAGCCUGAAAUCAAAAUUGUGCCAAGUCCUGCCCCGCCGCAACCGGAACCUGAACCUCCGAAGAAGCCGCCUGACAAGCCAACAGGUGGUUUCGAAAGAAGGUUCCGCGUGGGUCUGAUGCGGACGCAGAGCGAGAAGUCGUUCGAGAGGCGCUUGACGGGCGCCAUGUGGAAGGGCCUGGACAAAGCGCUGCCCGAACGGGUGUUGCCGCUGCGCCCGAGUCCGCUCAUCUCAACCCUGAGCGAGAAGGACCUGUUGGGCUCAAAGGAGCAACUGGCGUCGCCGGUGUCGACCGUCAGCCGGAACGAGUGCAAACGCAAGGAGGCCCUCUGGGACCUGUUCCAGAGCGAGUGCGCCUUCCUCUACGAUCAUCUAAUGGUGCUCAAUAAUGUUUUCAUGGAGCCGUUGAAGAAAAUCCAGGUGGAAGGGUUCGCAAUGUUCGCCGAACCCGAGUUGCUCUUCGGCAAUUUGGACGAGCUGUGCUUGGUCACCUACGCGUUCUGCAAAGAAUUCAUCAAUCUAAUUUUGCAACACGUGGGGACGGGCGGUGAAAUGUCCACGACGGAGGUCCUCGUCAAAUUGUUCCAGAAGAGCACAAAAGCCGACUCGGUUUCGCAAGCUUAUCACUGUUACGCGCUGAACUACAUCAACGCCCUCAACUAUUUGGAAACGUUGCGGCGACACAUGGAGUUUAUUGAAUUUGAAAAAUGGUGCAAUAGAGACCCGCGGUGCAAAAAGCUGCAGCUGACUGAUCUCUUGGUGGCGCCUGUCCAGCACAUCAUGAAAGUUCCUCUAAUUCUUAAAGAAGUUGAAAGCCGGACCGAAGAGGCCGAGGAGCGAGACCAAAUCGCCCGAAUUUUGGAGCGUGAGGAGAACUCUCUAAGAGAGUUGGACGACAAGAUGAAGUGGCUGAAGAACUUUGAGCGGUUACUGGAGAUUCAGCGCAACAUCGUCUGGCCGUCGAUUCUAGAGUUGGACCCAAAAACGUUUGUCCCUGAAUUUCUCAAGCCCGCCUUGGCGCGGCAGCCUUGCGACCGAAUCAUUGUCAGUCCGAGGAGGCAGAUCGUCAUGGAAGGGCCUUUGUCAAUAUUCGACUCGGGCAAGCCGGCAGAAAUGUAUGUCAUCUUGUUUGAUGACAUGCUCCUCAUCACGAGAAGGAAGAAGGGCCUCUCGAAAAAGAAAUCGUCUCUCACUGAGAAUUGGGCAAGUACCUGUGGACGAGGAAACAACCCAAAUGAAGCGGCCGCCAUGCGCUAUAUCGUCUACAAACAGCCGCUCUCCCUGGACAGAUUUUUCAUCCACGACGUGAGCGUGUCCGAGGGAGGGACUUGUCGCAUGGACGCCGCUUUUGUGAUAGUCAGUUUGAACCGCUUCCAGCAGAUUGUGGCCGUGCACACCUUCCAGGCAGCCAACGAUCAACUAAAGCAAACUUGGCUUUUGAAGCUGCGCGACACUCAGGACAAGUGGAAACGCACCCUGCAGCACACCGUGUUCAAAUCGGACCCAAGACUGUCGACUUGCAGCAGGCUGGACCCGCGCUACUCGACGUGCAGCAGCCGCAAAUCGACCACCUGACUGAGCUGAGGACCUUCGUCUCAAGGUCUCCUGUUCAAGUAGGCGAUUCGCAGGUCCGAGUUGAAUGAAAAUCAAAAUAAUUUUCACAAGAUGGCUGUUUAUUUAUAAAAAAAGAUGAAUUUUCUACGUGACGAUAUAGAUUCGAGUUUAAAUAAAAUAAUUAAAUUUAAGCCGCCGCACUAUUUCCGAGAGUGAAAAUAGAUGAAGAAUUUAUUGUAAUGUGAUUUGUUGAUCUGGUUGUAAAAAUUUAUUGGCUAGAGUAGGAGUCGUUGUUGAUUGUUAAAUAAUUUUUGGUUCCUGCCUUAUUUGCUUUUUACAUAAUGAUAGUUCCAAAUUCUUUAAGGAUGCACCUGCGCGUUGUUAAAUGUUAAUAACUAAUUUUAGUAAGACAUAGACUCUUAAUUUGCCAAUUUAUUAAGUUCUAGUCAAAGUAUUAUAGAGUGAAUUAUUAGGCACGAGUUUCUGAUUUUGAACCAAUCAAGAGACCAAUUCAUGAAAAAUGCUCAAAACUUCAUAAUAUUUUUUCUGCAUAAUUUAAGUUUCUGCGAAGUGCAGACCACAAUUUUAUGUUAUUAAACUUUUUUAUUUAAAGCAUUAAAUUAUAAUUUUUUUCUCAUGCUUUGAUAUAUACUCAAAUGUAUUCAAAGGGGUUUUUUCUGUUGAAUUUUAAUAUCGAUUUCAUAACGCAUUUAUAAAUACAAAAAAAAAAUUUGUUCCAAUUUACCUUUAGAAACAUAAUAAUGCCACCGUUUUCGUUCGCGAUGAAUAAUCAUCAAUAAAAACUGCAAAGAUCGUUGUAUGUGUAUUCAUGAUCCUGGGAUUAAAUUAAAUUAUAAUGUCGGGUGGCAAAACUAAAAACAUAUUUGGUGGAGUUUGUUGUAAUAUCACUUUUAUGUGAUGGAAUAAUCAAAAUAUUUAUCUGUUGAUGUUUUAAAAAAAAACUGGAUUAUGUCAAAUGAAAAUUAUUCUAUGCGACUGACACGAUAAACACUUAAGUGUAAAAAACAUAAAAUUCCCUGAAAUACCAUCCCGAGGAAAUGGCGUAAGCUAGGCUAAUUGUUAAGCAUUUGUGUCCGCCCGGUUGCAUACCUUCCACAACAGCCGCCUUUCGCUUUGACGUGAGAAUUUGCAGGCUGUUGAAAAACGAUAAGGCGCGAAAGAAAAUUGCGGACGGACGCAAACAAUGAAUAUUUAUUUUCUUUUAUUUUCGUUUCAUAUUUGAUUAGAAUUCGCUGCCGGGGCCCUUUUGCUCUUCGAAAGAUGUGUCAAGGGGCGCCGCAACACGAGGAAACAUAACGCUUACAAAAAGCAGUAUACUGAGAGAAAAAAAAUGUACGAGGAGACAAUAUAAUAUAUACUUAACGAGUAUUUUCACUAGAAAUCAUUUGUGGCGAACACGUACCGUGUAUUUCAGAAAUCCUUCCAAACAAACCCCCUAUCUAGAAGACUUUGCAACGGAGAUGAAAGAUAUUCUAUAUUUACGCCCUUGUAUAACCUCUGCAAACAUGUCUGUACUGACUGAGUGUGAUUUAUCCGAUGUACCCUGAUGUGCCAAAAGUGAGUCAAAAACGUUGACAAAUUGUGUUCAUGGAAUAAAAACGCAUC